AUAAAUGUCAAGAAUUCUGACAUUUGUGUGAAUAUUCUUAUAAAUUUCUAAUAUUUUCAAUAUCAUUGGAUAUUGGAAAUUUAUAUUUUAAUUUAAUCCGGAUUAAAUUCUGUUUUUUGUGUAUUAACUUGAUAUUUAAAUUUUAAUUCAAUAACAUGGCAGCAGCCGCUGAUGAGUUAAUGCUUUUGGAAAGAGUAUUUCUCCGCUUAGGUUCAGCAGAAACAGAUGACCAAUUACAGAAUAUUCUGUGUAAAUUCUUACCCCCUGUGCUACUUAAAUUGUCAUCUCAGCAAGAGGGAGUCCGAAAAAAGGUAAUGGAAUUGUUGAUACAUGUUAAUAGGAGACUUAAAUCUAGGCCUCAAGUCCAGUUACCAGUAGAGGCUCUACUAACUCAAUAUCAAGAUCCUUCAGCAACUUCAUUUGUUACUAAUUUCACUAUCAUAUACCUAAAAACUGGAUUUCCUCGUUUAACAUUAGAGAAACAAAUCGAGUUGGUCCCAAUUGUGAUAAAUGCUCUGGAUAACAAACCUCAGUCACAUAUUGAUGGAUUGCUCUUGUUAAUUGUUCCUCUUUUGGGCAAAGUUAAAAUCCCUACUGAGCCAGAGAAGAAACUAAAUUUCUUUGGCUUGAAUGAAAAGCUUCAUAUUAGGAUGCAACUGCUAGAGAUUCUGUUGGAUAUGAUUCUGUUGCCAUACAGUGCUUUGUCACCUCAAGCAGUGGAUAAUGAAAAUCAGUCCAACAAUGUGACACUGCCAGUACCUCCUUGCAUGAGCGAAACAUCAUAUAAAAGAGUUACUAGUACUACUAUGAAACCAGAGGCUCUUGAAGAGAUUAAGUUGGGUAUUGUCAAGUUUUUGGGACAGGGGAUUUUUAACAACGAAGAAAUUUUAGCUCAUUUGGUGGUUGCUGCUUCAGAUACUAGAUUUAGUGUUGCUAAUUUAUCUGAUACAGAGCUAAAGCGCGUGAUUGGGUCAGUCGAUUGGUCUCUGCCGCAGACAUCUCUACCUUUAUAUGAUUUGUUCUCCGGAACCAUAUUAAAGAGUGUGAAGCCUGAGUUAAAGAAAACCUCAGCUAAUACAAGAAUUCGUCUCAAGUUAUUAACAGCGUUGUGCAGAGUUACAGAUAAUGGCUUCAUUUUCCCUAGAUGUAUCCAUAUUAUUUUGGAUUCCUUCUUUGGAGCUAACACCAACACUAGACUGAAAACAUUGGCUCUUAAUUUUGCAGGGAAUAUAAUUCGUUAUGCUUCUGAAGAAUCUCUAAAGCCAGUAGACAUUACACUCCUAAAAGUGUUAGGACGAUUGAUAUCCGAAGGCGAGGAAGUUCUUCAUGGCCAAACUUACGUCACUAUAGGAAUGCUUGCGCACAGGAUACCAAAAUCCGUCUACCACAGUGAUGAACUGCUGGAAACUUUCUUCUCCAACAUGGAAAACGCCAAUCAAGAAUUAAAGUUGCAGAUACGAGAAGGGCUUUUGAAUUUGAUAUUGGCUUAUAAGUACGACAUUUUUCCAGAGGAGUGCAACAAAGAUGACAGAUUAAACCGUUUGUUUCUACUAAUAAAAUCAAAAAUAGUAUCCGAAGAACCGAUGGUAAGAUUCGCCGCUGCUAGAACUUUGGCAACAAUUUUUCCUCCUGACCACGUACCAUCAAAAUAUUUGUUGUUGACGGCUACUGGAGAUAACAAAGACGAAGUUUCUACAGAAGCAUUUAAAGCACUGUACGGAACUAACAGAAAGAAUGAUGUUGAUCUGUCAAGAGAAAAAAUAAAGAACAAAGUAAUAAUGCCAUCUUUCGAAGAAAUAACUAAGUACAUACAUGGCGAAGCAGAAAGUACUAUGAAAGCUAAAAAGCAAUGUUUUUCGGUGGGAAGCCAUUUGUUGCCAUUUAGUGUCACAACAUAUACGGAGAUUUUGGUUUAUUUAAGAUUAUGUCUCAUCAAAGAUUUAGACGUUCCGUUAACAAGAGACGUCCUUAAACAUCCUUGCGAACAUACUCCAAUGAUUGCUUCGUUUCUUCAAGAGAAAAGUGUGGACCUUAACGACGAAAGUUCUGUUAUACAAUACGUUAAUUUAGUUAGAAAUCUGAUGGUGGCCAAUCCAGCACCGGAACCUUUGUGCUGUAUGGUAGAAUUGGUGGGUUGUGUCCCAAAUUUACAUCAGUACGUACUAAACAAUUUCCAAUGGGUAAAGGACCAAUUGUCGGCAAUCAAAGAAGAAAUUCGAGAGAUCAGCUCUUUACUGUACUCCAUAAUUUUGACUUGUUCUGCUAGCGAUGCUGAUUUAGCUACAGAAGUGAAGGAUUUGAUAUCUCAAGCGAAUACAAAAACUCUGGAAAAACAACAUGGUGCGUUGCUAGCAGUUGGUAGAUGUCUUGAACUGAAGUUAUCAGUGAAUAGGAAACAGAAUUCUGAUCUUGUGAAAUUAUGCAUCGAAUCUUUAGUUCCAUUUUUGAAGCAUCAGAACGCUCUUCUAGUAAGCGCAGCAUGUACCAGCAUUGGUUUGAUAGGUCGGGUGUGUGAUUUGCCUCUGGAAGAUGGCAAACCAAAAGAAAAUGGAAGCCCCGACGCCAAAAAGAUGGCGAUUGACGCUGUUACAAAGAUGGAUAUCGUAAACGAAUUGCUGGACGUGAUGAAUAACACAAAGUUAUCUCCAAAAGUUAGAGAAAAGGCUGCCAGAAGUCUAGGGUUGUUGUGCGUUGGAGGAAAGUUCCCUCAUUCUAGAGAAGUGCUACAGGGAUUGCUGAAUACCGCCAAAGAAACCAAAGAUAUUGAAGUUCAUUUCACCAUAGGAGAAUCUCUGGUGAUGUGCUGUCAAGGUAUAUGGUCACCAGAAGCUAGAAACCCAUGGACGACCCUACCCAAAGAUUAUGUACCUCUGGUGAGCGAACCUCAGGCGGACGACAGUUUGGAAUGGUUACUAGGGGAACUUUUAAGUCUAGCCCAACAAUCCCACCCUAAUUCCAAACAGGCAUCAGCUAUUUGGUUACUGGCUGUGAUCAAAUGUUGCGGAGAAAGGGAACCUAUCACGAAGAGGCUAAAGCAGUUGCAGAACAUCUUUAUGGGCUUUUUGAGUGAAAAUAAUGAUAUAAUCCAAGAUGUCGCUUCAAAAGGAUUGUGUGUAGUUUACGACACUUACAAAUCGGAGGAACUGCUACAAGCUUUGGUGAAGCAGUUGACAUCUGGCAGUCGACAGGUUGCAGCUGUGACUUCAGAUACAAAAUUAUUUGAAGAAGGCCAAUUGGGUCAGUCACCUACGGGAGGCAACUUAACCACCUACAAAGAACUUUGCUCGUUAGCAUCCGACUUAAACAAACCCGAUUUGAUUUACCAGUUCAUGCAUUUAGCAAACCACAACGCCAUCUGGAAUUCCAAGAAAGGAGCUGCCUUCGGUUUCUCAACCAUUGCUGAAAAAUGCGGCGAAGAUCUGAAAGCUUUCUUGCCGACUAUAAUCCCAAAAUUGUACAGGUAUCAGUACGAUCCUACGCCCAAUAUCCAAGCAUCUAUGCACAACAUUUGGAGAGUUUUGGUGCCAGAACCAGGAAAAAUAAUAGAUGAAUACUACCAUGAAAUAUUGGUGGAUCUGCUAGCAAAUAUCAACUCUCAUCAAUACAGAGUGCGACAAUCUUGUUGUUUGGCACUACAGGAUUUCUUGAAGGGAUCAUCCAAUCGAUCCAUACAUGAUGCUGUAGAUUACAUGGACGAUUUAUGGUCUAAAUUGUUCAGAGUCAUGGAUGACCAUCACGAACAAACGAGAAUAACUGCGAAUAGGACUGCUAGAAUUUUGAGUAAGCUUUGUAUACGUGGCUGUGAUAUUAGUCAAGGAAAGGCUGGUGUAAAGAUGGUAGAGGCUAUUUUACCUGUUUUGCUCAAUAACGGAAUAACUAAUAGUGUUGCUGAGAUUCGUCUUGUGAGUUUGCAGACCGUGUCCGAACUUGUCAAGUCUGCUGGGAAACAACUUAAACAGUUCUUACCCAAACUAAUUCCCGCACUUCUUCAAGCUACCGGAGAAUUGGAGUCCAGCAAGUUGUCGUAUUUGAGUACCCGUUUGGGUGCCCAGUCUGAAGCGCAAGAGGCAGUGGAUGAGGCUAGGGCUUCUAUCGCUAAAUCACAUUUUACAACGGAAACGGUUUCAAAGAGCUUACAAUUUGCCGAUGCCUCUAUUUUAGAAGAGUUGAUACCGAAAAUAGUGGACUUGGUCAAAAGCUCUGUGGGUUUAGGUACUAGAAUCGCCUGUGCCCAUUUUAUAACACUACUAGUGGUGCAAAUGGGACAGGAUGUUCAACCUUAUACAGGAAAGCUGUUAGCUGUGCUGGUCAACGGUUUGACAGAUCGAAAUUCGGCAAUCAGAAAACACAAUGCAACAGCUAUAGGGCAUUUGGUCUCUACAGCCAAGGAUUCUAGUUUGGAGAAACUAUUUGCUAAGUUACAGAAUUGGUAUUUUGAAAGAGAAGACGAUUCUAUAAGAUCUGCCUGCGCUCUAACCAUACAAUCAAUAGGAAUACACAACCAGGAGAUUCUCAAAACGUACGCCGAAGUGAUACUGCCGUUAGUGUUCUUUGCCAUGCAUGCGGAAAAAACACCGGAAACAGAAAAAACCUUAGAAAUUUGGAAUGAGAUAUGGUCAGAACAAAGUCCAGGAACUGAGACUGGCAUCAGACAAAAUUUGAAAAAUAUCUGCGAUAUACUUAAGACUGCACUUGAAUCUCCUUCGUGGACCAUGAAAGCACAGGCUGCCAACGCUGUGUCUACAGUUGCCAACAAACUAGGAAGUUCGAUGGAUGCCAAACAUAGAAACUCUUUAAUAGAGAUCCUACUGGCUGGUUUAUCUGGGAGAACUUGGAAUGGAAAGGACAAACUUUUAAAAGCGUUGGCUAGUAUCUGUAGCAGUUGCCAAGACGCAAUCAAGGCUGACACUGACAUCAACACAUCGAACAUAGUAGAAGCAGUUCUGAAGGAAAGCAAAAAGGAAGAAAUAACCUACAAAAUCGUAGCCUUACAAUCACUGGGGGAAAUAAUAUCGUCUCUACAAAUUGAUAAAUUUGAAGAUGUGUACACCAUCAUACAAACAAUUUUGACAGAUCAGAAUAGUAAAGAUGAAAGUGACGAUGUAUCUAGCGAAGAAACGAAUAAAAAUAGAGCAAAUAAAAUCAAGUUGAAGGAAACCGCGUAUGAUACGUUAGGUAAAGCUUGGCCCUCGAAUAGUAAAUUUACUCAAGAGAAGUAUAGAGAGCUUAUAGCGCAACACACUGUACAAUGUCUGCCAACAAACACAAGAUCCGUUCAAGUUAGUAUUGUAGGCGCACUCUAUGCAUAUGUGGAUAAACUAUUGCUCUUAUCCGAAGAUAACUUGACUGAUGCAGAAAAGGGAAGCUUAGACACGAUCAUUAAAGAUGUGUUAAAAUCUGUUCAGUGUGCUUUAAGCGUUGGAAAACACACUAGGCUAAGAAAAGAAGCUUUAAAUGUUGUUUUCUGUUUAGGCACCAAAUUGAAAGAGAAAAAUAGGCAGCAGGAAUUUGACAAUUUAAGUAAAGUGUUUAUGGAACUUUUGCCUGAAAUUGCCAAUGAUAAUACGCCUGAGGUUAAGUCGCGAGUCACCGAUAUUAAAAAAAUGUUUAGUUAAUUUUAUUAAUUUAUUAUUUAAGUAUUACUUAAUAAACGGUUAAUGUAAA